AUGCAACGCGCUACUUUGCUCGUACUCGCGGCCAUCGUGGCCAUGGCUCUGGCAGAGGGUCAAUACUACGUGCCUCGCUCGUACUAUGUGAUAGACGCGGAAGGUCAUGCGUCAGCUCCAGUGCCGCUCCGGAGGCUUCGCCGUUCUGUAGGCCCGUACCCGUACGUGCCCUCCGGAAGGUCUACAAACGCUCAAGCCAUCGCUGUCGGUCCUAAUUCUAGUGCUACCGCUACGGCUACCAAUAACGCAGCUCCGUCACUACUAACGAAAAGCGAUAUUGGCGAAGGUGGGUGGGAUGUUCCUCGCUAUACUUACGGGUCGGCAAACCCUAAAGCUCUAAGUGCGGGACAAACUAGGCGCCAGUUUGGACCUGUACUAGAUGGUCGCUCAGUCUCUGCAAGCACGUCCGUCGGUAUUGAUUCUUCAGGCAAAGGAUAUUAUGACCAGUCUGCAUCUGUUUCCAAU